AUGGCGCAGCCCGGUCAGGAUGCCAAGUUCUUCCAGCGAGGAAAGAUCGAAGAAUUUCGAGCUGAAUUACACGCGGCAGAAGCAAAGGACAAGAAAUUCCAGAAGCGAAGGACUGUGUUAAAGAAGAUUGUCGCGAAUAUUACCAUGGGCAAUGACAUGUCACCUUUGUUCACCGAUGUCGUCCAGUGUCUUGGAACUCCUUUGCUUGAAAUAAAGAAAAUGGUGUAUCUGUUCCUCGUGAGCUACGGUCGGGCGAAACCAGAUCAAAUACACCUGGUCAUUCCCAAUUUUCUCCAGGACUGCGGCGACCGCAAUCCCCUCAUACGUGCUCUUGCCAUCAGAACCAUGUCCUACAUCCCUAUACCAGUCGUGACGGAUGCACUCUCUGACAAUCUACGGCACGCUUUAAAGGACCGUGAUGCCUAUGUACGGAAAACAGCUGCCAUAUGCGUAGCAAAGCUUUACGCAGCAGAUCCUCGGAGGGCUGAGAAAGGAGGUUUUGUCGAGCUAUUGAGAGAUUUAAUGUUGGACAACAAUGCUACGGUCGUAGCUAAUGCCGUUGCUGCUCUAUCAGAAAUAGGUGACCGCCAAGAUGGCGUCAUCUUCAAGCUGAAUCUGGCCACUACGAAUAAACUUUUAGCAGCUCUAGGGGAAAGUUCUGAGUGGGGUCAAAUUUACAUACUAGAUUCCCUUCUACGAUAUGUCCCGGAACGGUGUGCGGAUGCCGAAAUGCUGGGUGAACGCAUCAUUGUACAGCUGCAACACGGCAAUUCCGCCGUUGUACUCACGACCAUUAAAGCCUUGUUGUAUCUCAUGAACUACAUGGAAAAUCGACAGCUCAUAGACCAUAUAUGUAAGAAAAUGGGGCCGCCUCUAGUCACCCUUUUAUCUUCUGGGCCGGAAGUGCAGUACGUUGCUUUGCGUAACAUAUUGCUCAUCAUCCAACGACGACCAGCUGUUCUGAAGAACGAUGUCCGAGUGUUCUUCUGCAAGUACAAUGAUCCUAUCUAUGUCAAGCUUGCCAAACUGGAGAUCAUGUAUCGCUUAGCCCGAGCAGAAAAUGCCAACGAAGUUCUUAACGAGCUUCAAGAAUACGCUUCGGAAGUUGACAUCGACUUUGUGCGAAAGGCUGUACGAUCCAUUGGCCGAUUAGCUAUCAAAGUUGAGGCUGCCUCAGAUAGCUGCAUACAGACAUUGCUAGGUCUCAUCGAGACCAAAGUGACAUACGUUGUGCAAGAAGCUACCAUCGUUAUCAAAGACAUCUUCAGACGGUACCCUGGAAAGUAUGAAGGUAUCAUACCGACUCUGUGCGAAAACCUUGAUGUCUUAGACGAACCUGAGGCCAAGGCCGCAAUGGUGUGGAUUAUUGGCCAGUUCGCUAAUAUAAUAGACAAUGCGGAUGAGCUGCUAGAUGAUUUGUGUUAUACAUACACUGACGAAAGCGUCGAGGUUCAACUUGCGCUGUUGACCGCCGUUGUCAAGCUGUUUGCAUAUAAAAGUAACAUGGAUAAGGUCAAGGAGCUGGUUCAUAAAGUGCUCAAAUGGGUGACAGAGGACAUCGAUAACCCUGAUCUGCGCGAUCGAGGCUUCAUGUAUUGGCGAAUGCUUGCUCUCAACCCUUUAGCUGCGGGAGAAAUUGUUCUGGCUGAGAAACCCGCGAUAACAACCGAUUCCGAUAGAAUGGACAGGGGAGCCCUUGACCAGCUGCUUUUACAUACGGGCACCUUGGGUAGCAUUUAUCACAAGAACCCAGAGACUUUCAUCAGAAAUGCUGCCGGCAAAGCUCUGAAGGACAGUCCGGCGUUAAACGCCCAUUCACGGGCAGUUCUUGUUCCUUUGGCCCGUAGCCAGCUUCCACCGUCUCUCGUCACGGUACCGGGGCCUGGACCUGUUGAAUCACAUUCUCAAGGAGCGGAAAGACCUGAAACGGCUAUGGUUGCAGGGCCACCUGCUCCUCCCAGCAAGUCUGGGCAUGAGGACGAUGAUGUAGGUGGGAGUCAUCCAGCCGAUGAUGGGAGUGAGGUAGGGAUAGUGCCCGAUGAUGACGAUGAGGAACCAAGGGGCGCAGCAAACAAUGACCCAUACUCCAAUCUUGGCGGUGCUUUCGGCAGCUACCUGGCAGAUGAGCCCAAGCCCAUAAAUGCUGCAGAUCACAGAGGACGACACGGUGAAGAGGAUGACUUGUUGUUUUGA